AUGCCAAAGAACACUCUCGCCAUGGAUGACGCCAAAACGCUCGUCAGGCAGGCCGUGCGCGCAUUCUACAGCUCCGAACAAACCGUCGUAAUUGAUGUCUUAUUGCAUCACGAAAUUCUAUCAAUGACCCAACUACGCUCUUUAUCCAUCACACCUGACCACGUGUCACUGAGAAAGGCCUGCGCUGAGCUGGAGCGGGCAAGACUCAUUUGUACGUGGCAGCUCAACGAAGAUGAGUUAUACGUCUAUCUCGACUACCACCAAGCCCUUUACGCCAUUCAAUACAUUAUCCACGAACUAAGACGCCGAAUUCUCGGUACAGACAAGCGGGAAUCAUCAAUAGAGAUCGUGAGAUACUACACUUGUCCCAAAUGCCUUAGCAGUUGGCCGUUGAUCGAUGUCAUCGACAACGCAGACCGUGAUGGUGGCUUCUUGUGCAAGCGAUGCGUGACACCGAGUCUUUUGCGCGAAGAGCCCCUCACAACCGACCUGCUACCACGCUUCAACCAACAGUUCGCGCCUUUCAUACAGAUACUAGAGCGUCUUGACAGCAGCAAGAUUCCGCGGGUUGUGUUUGAGGAUCUCUAUGCACAAAAUUACGGUGAGGGUGACGGUGCUCUCAAAAGAUAG